ACUGUUCGGUAGCUAACGAAUUGAGCUCUUUAAAUCUAAUAUUCCUACUUAAUAAUAAAAUAUAAUCAAUAAAUGUUUUCUUUGAGGGUGAUUACAUAUAGGCCGCUCUAUAUUUCUCUAUGUUCGUCGAGAUUUGUCAGACGAGAAUCGUCAGAGGUAACCGCUUCGAUGGCAACAUCACCUGUUCAGACAAAUGAUACCAUUCGAUUUAAUGACAUAAUCAAAUCCCAGAAUGACAAAAGGCUUUAUAGGGGCCUUAUAUUACCCAACAGAAUGAAGGUACUACUCAUAAGCGAUUCAACAACUGAUAAAAGUGCUGCAUCCCUCGACGUUAAUGUUGGAUACAUGAGUGAUCCUGCAGAUCUGCCCGGUUUGGCACACUUCUGUGAGCACAUGCUUUUUCUUGGAACCGAGAAAUUUCCAUUAGAGAAUGAAUAUGGAAAAUACCUUUCGGAACAUGGUGGGGCAAGUAACGCAGCUACCUACCCAGAUCACACGAAUUACUACUUUGACGUGACUCCAGAAAGUUUGCCUGGAGCUUUGGACAGGUUUUCUCAGUUCUUUCUGAAACCAUUGUUCACUGAGUCAGCUACCGAGAGGGAAUUGAAUGCUGUUAAUCUUGAGCAUGAAAAAAAUAUACCCAAUGAUACUUGGCGAAUGGAUCAGUUGGAAAAAUCAUCUGCGAAUCCAAAUCACGCGUACUCCAAAUUUGGAACAGGAAAUAAAGAAACAUUGGAUGUAAUUCCUAAGAAAAAUGGUAUCAAUGUCAGAGAUGAAUUGUUGAAAUUUCACAAAAAGUGGUAUUCUGCCAAUAUCAUGUCGCUAAGUGUACUUGGAAAAGAAAGUCUUGAUGAAUUGGAAACCUUAGUUACGAAACUAUUUUCUAAUGUUGAAAAUCUUGACGUCGAUGUACCGACUUGGGAUGAACAUCCAUUUUCUAAGGAUGAUUUUCAAACAAGAUGGUAUAUUGUACCCAUCAAAGAUGUGAGAAAUCUGAACAUGACAUUUCCAAUACCUGACUUACGUGAACAUUUCAGAUCGGCACCAGCCAAUUACAUUUCACACCUCCUUGGGCAUGAGGGUGAGGGUUCACUUUUGUCCGCAUUAAAAGCAAAAGGUUGGAGUAAUUCUUUGGUAUCCGGACGACGUCAGGCAGCUAGAGGUUUUGGUUUUUUUGGUGCCUAUGUUGAUUUAACCGAAGAGGGAAUCAAACACAUUGAUGACAUUGUUACAUUAACUUUUCAAUACAUUAAUUUGCUGAAAAAAGAAGGUCCCGUAUCAUGGAUAUUUGAAGAAUGUAAAGAUAUAGCCGCAAUGAACUUUCGUUUCAAAGAAAAGUCAUCACCACGUAGUUGGGUAAAUUCAACUGUGCAUUGUUUGCAAGAGUAUCCUAUGCAAGAAAUAUUGACAGGGCCACGGCUCUUGACGGAAUGGAAACCAGAGUUGAUUGAGAUGGUUCUGGGUUAUCUGACUCCGGAAAAUAUUAGAGUCUCUGUUGUAGCUCAGCAGUAUGAGGACAUUGCUAGUGAAAAGGAAACUUGGUAUGGAACUCGGUAUAUAAAAGAAAAAAUACCAAAUGACAUUAUUGAAAAAUGGAGAAAUGCAGGUCUAAACCCGGAUCUACGACUUCCAGCUAAAAACGAAUUCAUCCCAACAAAUUUUGAUCUAAAACCACAAGAGCCUGAUGCAAAUAAAUUCCCAGUAAUUAUUGAGGAUACAGCGCUAAUGCGAGUUUGGUUCAAGCAAGAUGAUGAAUUUCUCUUGCCUAAGGCCAAUCUUAGCUUGGACUUUGUUAGUCCUUUGGCGUAUAUGGAUCCAGUUAGUUGCAAUCUAGCAUACAUGUUUGUACAGCUGUUUUGUGAUUCAUUAAACGAAUAUGCCUAUGCUGCUGAUCUUGCAGGAUUGAAAUGGGAACUUAGUAAUAGCAAAUAUGGAAUGAUUCUAGGAAUUGGAGGCUAUAACGACAAACAACACGUUUUGCUUGCGAAAAUUAUUGAUCGAAUGGUCAGUUUCAGAAUUGAUGUACAACGAUUUGACAUUAUAAAAGAAAAUUAUAUUAGAGGUCUGAAAAAUUUUGAUGCUGAGCAACCAUAUCAACAUGCCGUUUACUAUUUAGCGGUUCUGUUAGCAGAAACUGUUUGGACCAAGGAUGAACUGUUAGAUGCAACUUCACAUUUGACAGUGGAAAGGGUACAACAAUUUAUACCACAAAUUCUAGGAAAAAUGCAUAUUGAAUGUUUAGUCCAUGGAAAUGUAACCAAGUCGGAAGCGUUAGAUAUUGUCAAGCUUGUUGAAUCAAGAUUAACUAAUACAUUGCCGCAAGUUACACCGUUAUUGCCUCGACAAUUAGUUUUACACCGGGAGGUGAGAUUAGACGAUGGUUGUCACUUCCUUUACGAGAUCGAGAACAAAUUACACAGAAGUUCAUGUGCCGAAGUAUACUACCAAUGUCAUCUUCAGGCAACAGAAUCAAACAUGCUUCUAGAGUUAUUGGUUCAAAUUAUAACUGAACCCUGCUUCAAUACUUUGCGAACCAAAGAACAGCUUGGCUAUAUCGUAUUUAGUGGAAUACGAAGAACAAACGGUGCCCAAGGUCUGAGAAUCAUUGUGCAAAGUGACAAGCAUCCUCGGCACGUUGAACAAAGAAUAGAAGCCUUUUUGGAGUCAAUGUUGGGUCAGCUAGUUGAUAUGUCAGAAGAAGAAUUUAGUAGACAUAAAGAGGCUUUGGCUAUAAAGAGAUUGGAGAAGCCAAAAAUGAUGAGCACUUUGUCAGCUUUGUUUUGGUCUGAAAUCUCAACACAACAAUACAAUUUCGAUAAAGCUAACAUCGAAGUAGCCUACAUGAGAACCAUAACAAAAGAAAUGGUUAUUCAAUUUUACAAGGAGGCUAUACACAGUUCAUCCCCAAGUAGACACAAGCUUUCAGUCCAUGUAGUUUCAAUGGUGGAAGGUGGUGCUGGACAUCCCGACGCGAACGUUGCAGACGAAGGAUCAACUCCCUCUACGGAAACCAGUCCAAAUACACCCCAUAGAAUUAGGGACGUGAUGUCAUUUAAAUCAAGUCAAGCAUUAUAUCCUCUGCUGAAGCCAUUCAUUGAUAUACCCAGAAAAGGUCGAAGAUCAAAAUUAUAAUGUUUGGGUACAUUGGUUUGUAAAUGUGAUGCUCCACACCUAGUUUCCUAAAAUAUUAUGAAUUGAUAGAGUCAUGACAUGUAUUUUAGGAGAGGCAUGAACAUUUCCCAUCUUAGGUUUAUAUGACAUAUCCUUGAGUAUUAUCUAAUCACAUUGAUCGAACAGCCUUGAGUAAUCGAUUAUGAUAUGGGAUUAUUGGUUAGCCACCCUGGUUUUUUUUUAUUUUUCAAUGUGACAGUGAAAUUCGUUUAGUAUUACAAGGACAAAAUUUAAACGGAAAAAUUAUUUCGUAAAUCCACCGUUUCACCAGAAAAUUAAGAUAUGCACGUCUAUCUGUGGUCAAUAUCCAUCCAAUUUAUUUAUGGUACACCCGAAUUGGUAAUAAUUUGUAAUUUUCACCUCAAUCACAGUUACACGUUCAAAAAUGGCAACAGGAAGGAAACCUUAGAAGAAUUUCCAAAUUCAUCGACAGUCAUUUGGUACAUACAUUGUACAUACAUACAGUAAAUAAUGUGCAAUAGAUUAUUUGGUUAUUUUUGCACUAGCCGUGAGCGAUUCAGACGCUAAUGAAUUUUAUGCAAAUAAAGAGCAUCAUUACAAAAAUAUGAUUCUUUCGUUAU